AUGAUUUCUAGGGGGCGGAGCAUCUUCAAGUGGGCGUGGCUCACAUAUAAAAGAAGGUCUAUUGGCAUCUAUUCUUCAGUUGUUUUUCUACAAGUCAUGUCCGUUGACUCGCAGCCCCAAGUCCCUGUUGUUAUCCGCCAAUCGGAUGGAUCAAAGAUUCAUGAGAUCGCUGGCCACAAGUUCAAAGCCAUUACUUUGGGACAACCUACGUUCUGCUCGUUCUGCACCAAGUUUAUCUAUGGAGUUGGAAAGCAGGGAUACAAGUGUUUGGGCUGUGAGACCGUUGUCCACAAACGUUGUCACUCCUUCAUCUCUGCUCGCUGCACUUUCGGCCCAUCAUCCCGUGCUCCUUUGAUUCCAGAAGGUUCCCAAGAACAAGUGUAUCGUCGGAACCGCUCGACUUCUAUGGAACCUCCAGCAAACAACCACCACUUCACCAAACACUUUUACACCCGACCAACAUUCUGUGAUCAUUGUGGAAGCAUGUUGUAUGGAAUUCUGAAACAAGGCGUUCAGUGUACGGAUUGUCAUGCAAAUGUUCAUCAUCGAUGUCAAGAUAAGGCGAUGCACAAUUGCGGAAUUCAAGUUCAGUGA